AUGGCUGAAAUUCCACCAGAAGAGCAAUACGAGACGGAUACAAUCUUCUCGCAAGAAGGAGAUCUUCCAGAUUCAUACCUUCAAACAAAACUGCGCGAUGUGGAAUCCGAUACGGAAGUGUUUUCGGAUGGAGAGAGUAAUUUGAAAAGCGAACAAUUCCUCACUGUCGAUCUCCCAUCACCAACUACAAAAGUCGACAGCGAUUCGUUCAAAAAACUUGUCGAAAACUCAAAAUUCGUAUGGGGAAGUGGAAAUAAUGCGACGCCGUCGUCGGAAUUCGAUAGAAUAGUGUUCCAGGACGAUGAGUAUGAUAUUACUCAGGAUAGUUUCAGAUAUGGAAGAGUAACCGCCGGUCCGAGUUACAACUUGGUAACCGGGAAAAUGCCACAAGAAAUCCUUGAAAAAGUGAAAGAGAAAGACGAUGAGAUGAUCGAGACGGUGACAGAGGACGAAACGACACAUUUAAUCACAACGGAAGUGAAGAUUUCAUUGAAUUCUGGAGAUGGGGAUUGUUCUGGAGAGAGAUUCAGUGUAUUCGAUGGGUUGUAUGAUAGUCAGAUGCCCAAAUUCUUCAAGUAUCGAGACGCGUUUCCGGAAAUUCACGGAAUCUGGACUCUCCUCUUCGAUCAAGAACACUAUGGAGACAUGUCGACAUUCGAACUCCAAGCAUCGAUUUGUGCUGCAUUGAAUUCAAAACAUCAUCUGAUUAUAUGUAUUGGAGUGGAUAAAUACAAUACGGUCACUGGUGUCGAGAUGUCUGCAACCGAACGUGUUGUGUUCAGAAUGGCGUUGACGAGAGCUGUCGCUGGAGAAUUCCAGCCGCCGCUUAUUAAAGUGCCCCCGAAACAAUUGACCGGUGUCUCCCCAAUGAAACGCGACGUCUCCGAGAUGACUUCUAACAUCGACGUCAUGUUUAUCCCGGUGCUCGGAGGGGGCUCGACGGGCAGUGGAGACUCCGCCCCCUCGAGAUUCCUGGUCGUUGUUCGUGUGAAAGAGUUGACCGAGAAGUUGUAUCAGUUGUCUUCCGGUCGAAUUUAUGUGGAAGAGAAUGGCCGUGUCGUCGAGUUGGCCAAUGUUAAUGAGGCGUUCCAUAAUCUGAUUAUUAACAAAGAGACUCCAUCGAUCGGAAGUUUGUUCAUGAUUGAACCGGAACCGUUUAUAGAGGAUACUCAAUUGGAAAUUGAUGAGUACUCUAGUAGUGAAGAGGAAGACGAGAUUUGUGAAGUGAAGAAGGAUUCAGAAGGCGUUCCAAGCAAAAUUGAGGCGGUCGUUCAAGAAAUUGUUAUUCCGGAAGAAUCUCCCGCCACUAGUACCAAUAACCAAAUCGUCGCGAGACUCUCGUCAGCCACCGAAUCGAUUCUCUCUCGUCUCGACAGUCCACGCGUUCAGAAUUUCGGAUGGCUUCUCUUCGCCACCGCCGUCGUUUAUAGUGUCUAUCAGGCGGCCAGAACUAAAUUCUAA